CGUUUUCGCGCAAUACUGUGCUUUUUUUUUAUUAUAUUGAGAAAAUAAUGAAUUUGGUCUCUGUAGAAGAACUUAUUAGUCACCUUAACAACAAAAUAGAACAACUCAAUCUGAUCAGUAGUGAAAUUGGUUUAAAGCACGAUGAACAAGAGCAAAAAAUAAAGGAUUUUCUAAAUGAUAUCGCACGAUUUGCUAAUGAUCAAUAUACACUUGCAGAAAAAGAAAGGGACAAUUUCAUAAAAGAAACAGAGAAUACACACAGGGCAAUACUAUCUUAUAAACGACUUAUGGGAGAAUAUGCAGCGAGUACGGCUGUUAUCGAUCGCAAUAAAUCAUUACGUGACAACCUACAGGAAUUACAAGAUGAACUGAUUAAAGUGAAAGAGAGAUAUAAUGAAAGCUUAAUAUACGUACAAGAACUACAUAAACAAUUGAAAGCAUUACAUACAGCAUUGGGAGGCUUUGUAAAUAUAAACUUGAUAGCAACAACAGAGGUAGAUGUAUCAUCAUUAGCAGUCAACAGCUUGGAAGAUGAAUUACAGCACGCAGAGCAGGAAUAUGCAAGAAGAAAGGCCAUCGUGGACGAUACGGCCACUGGAAUCUGUAACAUAUUGGUCACCCUAGGCAUCGACAGUUUAAAUAAUGAGGCAGACAAACUGGUCAUGCAGUACCACCAAGAAACAAACCCAGAUAAGAAAAUUGAACUAUGCAACAAUUUGGUAUCUGAAGAAAGUAUCUAUUACCUUACUGAGCGCAUUGCCCAGUUGAAAGAGACACAACACCAAGUGGAAGAUCGAAAGGCAGAACUGACACAUAAACUGAAGCAUCUUUGGGACAGGCUACGUAUUGAUCCUGAAGAAUGUGAAGUGUUCUUGAUGGCCAAUAGAGGACUUACACAAGAAGAAAUACAAAAUUAUGAAAUGGAAUUAAAAAGAUUGCUUAAAAUAAGACAAGAGCGUAUCGGUGAUUUUAUUGAGAGAGCACGAGAGGAGCUGGUAUCGCUAUGGGAUCAACUAUACUACUCCGAAGAUCAAAAACGCCAAUUCCAUCCUGCUUAUUCAAAUGAAACGACAGAUGAGAUACUAGAAGCACACGAGAGCGAGAUAUCACGACUCCGUUUGGAGGUCGAAGAUUCCAAAUAUAUCCUUGAUCGUAUUGAAAAAUACAUGAAACUAAAGCAAGAAAUUGAAGAAUUUGAAGCCUCAACAAGGGAUCCCAAUAGGCUGUUUGGAAAGGGCCAGCGUGACCCUGGACGCUUGCUUCGUGAGGAGAAGUUUAGAAAACGCGUAGAACGUGAACUGCCAAAGAUUAGUAAAGAACUUGAAGGCUCAUUACUUGAAUAUGAAGCCUUGAAGAAUCGUCCUUUUAUGGUUUAUGGUAAGCCUUAUCUAGAGACAAUCUAUGAUAAUAAGGAAGCACAACAAAAGGCAAUCGCGCCUAGAACGCCUAAACGAGAGACAAUACCACGUAAGCCGUUUACGAGCCCAAGAGCAACGACAAAUAAAUAUGCAAUGUUUAAUACACCACAAUUCAACCGUACUCGAUCAUUCCAGGCAGUGACAGAGACACCCAAAAUGGAUGCAUCUAUUAGUAUCCUGCAUCGUGUCAGAGAAAGAAAUAUACGAAAACGACCACAAAAACCAAUCAGACGAGGUCACUUUGGUAGCGAUGAUGACGAUGAAGAAGAAGAAGAAGAAAAGGCAUUUACAAGUUUCAAGAGCCAAACGAUGCAGAUGAACAAGCAACUGCCGCUUAAGCGAAAACAUGUGGAACCAGAAUUUGACAGUGAUGAUAAUCUGGCGGUUAACCUUGAUAUCUUUGAUGAUGGUCCUGAUUUGAGUGAUAUGUCAGAUAUUGAUUCAUGAUGUGAAAUAAAGAACCCCGUGUCACAUAACAGCAUAAGUGAGAGUAUGCGUGGGAAAAAUCACAGGCGUGGAAACAUCUUUUUUCCCUUACCUUUUUUUUCUUUCUUUCUCUCUUUUUCUCUUUUUC